AUGUUCACCAAGAAGAUUGUCGGCACGGCCAACGCCACCGCUGGCGGCUGGGGCAACCUGGGGGGCGGCGUGACGCAGCUGGUGAUGCCCCAGAUCAUGCUCGGCUUCCUCUCGGCGACGGACAAUGACAUCGACCGCUCGUGGCGCCUCUGCAUGAUCGUGCCGGCGGCCCUCCACGUCAUCUCCUCCAUCGCCGUCAUCACCGGCCGGGACUUGCCCGACGGCAACUACCGCGAGCUCGAAAAGUCGGGCGUCAAGGAGAAGAAGAACGGCUUCAAGACUUUCGCGAUCGGCGUGUCCAACGUCAACACCUGGAUCCUCACGAUCGGCUACGCCUUCUGCUUCGGCGUCGAGCUCACGAUGAACAACAAGGCGGUGAACUACUUCUACACGUACUACGCGGUCACGCCGCAGAUCGCCGGCAUCCUGGGCUCGUGCUUCGGGCUGAUGAACUUGUUCGCGCGCUCGUGGGGAGGCAUCCUCUCUGACGCCAUGAACGUCCGGUACGGCAUGCGCGGCCGCUUGUGGUCCAUGUGGGUCGUCCAGGCCCUCGAGGGGAUGAUGUGCAUCAUCAUGGGCCAGGUCACCAUCGACAUGGCGUCGCCCGACCGGAUGCUCAAGCCGGGCUCGGACGACUUUGUGCGGCCGGUGUAUAACAAGGACCCGUCCGUGCAGCCGCAGGACGGCAUGUGGGGCAUGUGGAACACGACGAACCCGCCGACGGGCUUCCCUUACACGUACAACACGGAGUACACCUUCACCAUCAACUCCACCAAGUCGGCGUGGGUCAAGCCCUGCGGCUCCAACUCGAUCAAGACUCCCGACACAGGCGUGCUCUUCUACGGCACGGAGAACGCGAUCGAGCUGCCCUUGCCGACAACCUCCAACUUCAUCGUCGUCGGCGACGUGAUGGACGAGGAGUGUGUCCGCAACCAGGGCACGCUCGGCGUCACGAUGGUGGUGAUGGUCCUCUUCUCCAUCUUCAUGGCGGAAGGCCUCCACUUUGGCGUCGUCCCUUACGUGUCGGCGCCAGCCCUGGGCGUCGUCUCGGGCAUGGUCGGCGCGGGCGGCAACUUUGGCGCUGUGAUGGGCUCCAAGUUCAUCGUGGGACCUCCCAGCGUCGGCCCCCCCUCGGUCGACAAGGGCUUCAUCAACCUCGGCGCCAUCAUCAUGGGCACCUCGCUCCUCUUCUUUGGGAUGUACUUCCCGGAGCACGGGGGCAUGCUCUUCAAGAAGGGCGCCCUCGGCAACUACGACCCGCAGCUCUACAAGCCCGUCGACGGAGAACGCGGCGCUGACCAGAUGGACUACUCCAAGGCCGCGGACAAGGUGACCAAGAAUGGUGCGAGCGUCUGA